AUGAAACGACAAACACCAGCCCUCUCCCUCCUCUUCAUCGCCAUAACUAUGGUGGUGGUUGAUGUAACGCUGGCAGACGGAUGGAUUCCAAUAAAGAACUUGGAAAACAAUCACGUGGUAAAGAUUGCAGAGUUCGCUGUAAAAGAACAUAACAGGCAAGCUGGAUCCGAGUUGAGGCUUUAUAGUAUCCAAAAAGGGGAAUUGCAGGUCAAAGAAGGCACGGAUUAUCGGCUUCUUUUGGCAGUGAUAGGGGCUGGUAGACUGUAUGAGGCUGUUGUGCAUGAGACUUAUGAUUAUUCGACGGUUCUAAUAUCUUUUGUGCCUUUAAAGGGUUAA